ACCAUGAUGAUCCCAAGCGUCCUCGCGCCUCCUGCCAUCUACCCGGGGCUGUACCGGCCCGCCGCCGCUCUGCCGCUCCACCAGACGCUGCCAUCCGCCUUCCCGACCCACUCCAGCUUCCUAGUGGAGGAUCUGCUUCGGAUAAGCCGGCCUACAGCCUUUAUGAACCGGACUGCCCAGUCAGCCAGCGCAUCCCUGCCCACAACCACCACCACUGUGUCCUUCAGCGGCGCGCCUACGGAGCGCGCAAUGGCCACGACUGCAGUGACGCGCGAAUCGUGCUCACCGAAAACAUCGGUGCCUAGCGGCAAAGAUCCAACUUUUCUCAAGUUUGGAGUGAGCGCCAUACUGGCACCAUCACCAAAGACCGCAUCCUCCCCGCCCACAGUCCACAGCCUGCACUCCAAGACCUUCCCCAUUCCAUAUUUUGACGGAACCUUUCACCCCAUAUUCAGGGCGCCCUAUUUACCAGCAUCUUCAUCGGUUGUUCCCAUCCCGGGCACUUUUUCGUGGCCCAUGGCCGCGAGAGGGAAACCCCGCAGAGGGAUGCUCAGGAGGGCGGUGUUCUCCGAUGUGCAGCGCAAGGCGUUGGAGAAAAUGUUCCAGAAACAGAAAUACAUCAGCAAGCCCGACAGGAAGAAGCUGGCUUCCAAACUGGGCCUGAAAGACUCACAGGUGAAAAUCUGGUUUCAGAACCGGCGGAUGAAGUGGAGGAACUCCAAGGAACGGGAGCUGCUGUCGUCCGGUGGUUGCCGUGAACAGACGCUUCCCACCAAAACCAACCCGCACCCAGACCUCAGCGACGUGGGCAAGAAGUCUUCGGCAGAGGAUGAGGAGGAAGAAGAGGAAGAGGACGCGUUUGGCAGAGAGAGAAUGAGGGCUGCAGACUCCAACAUCUCCUCUCCCUCUCUCUCCAGUAAACACUCGGACUUCUCAGAGUCGGAGGAGGAAGAAAUAACAGUAUCUUAA